UGAGUCGCACUAAAGUGACGUAUCCGUGCCCAAAAAAGCCAACACAACGCAGCUGAACAUGGCGGCGCUGCUGAGAGGUGUUCUUGUUGGAAGGGCACUGCGGGGGCUGGGCAGAGUGGUGGCUGCACCAGCAGCAGCAGCAGCAGCGACCCCCCAGAGCGGAGGAGGCCUGAGGCGAGGCGUCCACUGUGCAGCGCUGAGGCUCCAGGAUGACAAGCCCCCCUCUUCCUCAUCCUCUUCCUCAUCCUACCACGAGCACGACCAGGCAGAGGCCCUCCGGGACGACCCGACCUCUGACCCCGCAGCCGAGGAGGCCUCCAGGUCCAGCACCAGUUACCAGGACCAGGGCGGCGAGCAGGGCGAGGAUUACGAGACGGAGGAGCAGCUCCAGGCUCGAGUCCUCACCGCCGCUCUGGAGUUCGUCCCGAUGCUCGGCUGGUCCACGGACGCCAUCGCCGCUGCAGCUGAGACUCUGGGCCUGUCCUCGGCCUCCACUGGUAUGUUCCCUAAUGGAUCAGGAGACUUGAUCCUUCACUUCAUCUCUCAGUGUAACACUCAGCUGACGGAGAUCCUGGCUGAGCAACACAGUACACACACAGACACACAGUACAGACCCAAGAGCACUGCAGACUUCCUCAGAGCCGCGGUGGAGGCCAGGCUGAGGAUGCACAUCCCUUACAUCGAGUCCUGGCCACAGGCGAUGAGCAUCCUGCUGCUUCCUCACAACAUCCCCGACAGCCUGAAGCACCUCUCCACCCUGGUGGACGACAUGUGGUACUACGCUGGAGACCGCUCCACAGACAUGAACUGGUACACCAAGCGGGCGGCGCUGACGGGCAUCUACAACACCACGGAGCUGGUGAUGCUGCAGGACUCCUCUCCGGACUUCCAGGACUCCUGGACCUUCCUCGACAACCGCAUCCAGGAUGUCGUCAACAUGGCCGCCACCGCCAAGCAGGCGCAGGCGACCGGUGAGAGCGUGGUGCAGGGGCUGAUGGGCGCCGCCGUCACACUGAAGAACCUCACGGGACUGAACCAGAGGAGAUGAUGGGGAAACAUCUCACUGCCGCUGAGCCCGCCAAGAGAUCAUCGUCUUCAUGCUUUUAUUCCUGAAUAACUGUAAGAGGCUGAAGGUCUUGGGUUAUGGGAUGUGUUCCGCAAGAGAACCUUCAUGUGUUCAGCCUCUUUGUGCUCACCUGUUGGACCUGAGGCUCUCGCGGGUUCAUUCUCCUGCUUUGCUUUUUUUUCCCCUUCGGACAUAAUGAUCUGUCUUUUUUUUUUUGAUGGAUCAAAACUUAAAUAAAGUCGUAGUUAUAUAUUGUA